AUGGUCAAGGCUGUUGCUGUUCUCCGGGGUGACUCCAAGAUCACCGGCACCGUCACCUUCGAGCAGGCCAGUGAGUCGGCGCCCACCACCGUCUCCUGGAACAUCAAGGGCCACGAUGCCAACGCUCAACGCGCCUUCCACGUCCACCAGUUCGGUGACAACACUAACGGCUGCACCUCCGCUGGUCCUCACUUCAACCCCCACGGCAAGACCCACGGUGCUCCUGAUGAUGCGGAUCGCCAUGUCGGUGAUCUCGGUAACUUCACCACCGAUGCUGAGGGCAACUCCGUUGGCAGCAAGCAGGAUAAGCUGAUCAAGCUGAUUGGUGCUGAGAGCGUCCUGGGUCGUACCCUCGUCGUUCAUGCUGGUACUGACGACCUCGGCCGUGGCGGCAACGAGGAGUCCAAGAAGACCGGUAACGCCGGUCCCCGUCCUGCUUGCGGUGUCAUCGGCAUUGCUGCAUAG